GUGACUUCGGCGUACUCAGAGGCCAUGGUGGCUCCCUAGAAAAGCCAGCGAGGGGCCAGGCCUCUGGCAGUGCGCCCGCCCUGCCCCUGGGAACCUGGGGACUGCAGAUCAAAGGAGCAAGGAGCACAGGCCAGCUGGUUUGUUUUCCAGGAAAGUGUUGAAAUCUGCAGUGAGUGAAAGAACAGAUUUUGGAUUCAUUUUAGAAAAAUCAUCAUAAAGGAAAAAGUCAGCGUCUUUAGAAUUGAAGCUUCCUAAAAAAAGAUCACAUGCCUUGGUUUAUUGGAUUAGUUGAGCACCUACUACGUUCCCGGGUCUGCUGUGCUCUGAAGACAGGCAAUGGGGAGCCACAACCACAGUGCACACCUUCUUGGAAUUUACUGUCUGGCUGGGGAGAAAACCCCACAGUUGUAAAAGUUUACAACUCUGAAGAAUGGUACAAAGAGGGGUACAUCGUCCUCUGGGAGGGCCAGCGGGGCAGGGACCAGCCUGGAGGAAAGUCAGGGAGGACUUCCCUGCAGAGGUAAGGCUCAGACUGAACCUUGAUAUCUGGAUGGUAGUUCAGUAGGUGGACUGAAGUGGGUCUGGCAUGGGCAAAGGUCCUGGGGUGAGAGCUUGGCUCCUCUGAGGGACUGAGGAAGGUCAGAGAAAGCAGCGUGCUAGAGAGCUGUUGGGUGAGGCUGAGGAGGUGGGCAGGGCCUGGUGGCUGUGGUAAUAAUGACUUUGGCCUUGACCAAAUGGCAACAGGAAGCCAGGGGAGUGUUUUAAGCAAGAUGUUGGGACCAGGCUGUGCUGUGCAAGGCCCUCUAGAGACGUUGCAGUGGCUGCAGAGCUGUCUUGUGGGUGGCUCAGUUUCUCCAUCCCUCCCUGCCCUCCUCCCUCUCUGUUCAACUUCCAGCCAUGCCUGCCAUUCUUAAACGGGGCCCAGGAGGGCCUGUCUGCACAUCAGCCCAUGAGUUCUCUGGACGUGGAAUCUGUAGCAUCUCUUUUCUGCAUUUCUGCCAGUGAGACCAGAGUUGUCUUUUCCAGACCCGCAGAAAUGCUGACCUCCUCCCCUAAGCCCUCCCAGUGGCGCCCUCACCCAGGGCAGCCGCCCCCGCGGGAGUUAACCUCCUGUCUCCCCACUGGUUUCAUCUACUGGGUGGGGAAAACGACUUCUGCCUCAUUAGGUGGUUUUGAGGAUGCAGGGAUCCAGCCCCUGUGAACAGCUCAGAAGCGGGCUGGGAGCAGAGAAGAGCUGCAGAAAUGUGCCCAAUUCUGCCCACCGGGCUGACAGCAUGUGCCUGGGGCACCAAAACUUUUUUGGCAAGAAUGUGAUGUUUCAAAAUAGGCAUUGGAAUGUUGUCAUCAUGAGAAAAGUCAGGGCUCCCCUGGAUUUCCUGAUGCUAUUGAAUGUUUAGGUUUGCUUUUCUUUACGUGACAUCUCAGUGCUUAGAGCCGCCAGGGGACCCGUCAUCUGGCCUGUCCCCGCAUCUCACAGAGGGGACCCUGGGCUCAGAGAGGGCGGCCCCAGGGGCGGGGGUCAUCCACAUCCCCGUCUGCUGGUCAGAGUAGACCAAUCAGCCCCCACCGGCCUUCCCCUCGACCUGGGGGGUCCCUGCUGGGGGGCCUGGUCUGGGGCCUACAGCUGGUGUGGGGCAGAUGGUAAGAGGUUCCUGCACAGACGUGAGUUUCUUUCCAUCUCUGCACUUCCCUGAAUAGGUGUUCUGGCCCCUGGAAGGGGGAUCAGUUGCCCAAUUUGGAGGAGCCACUGGGUGCAAGGGGGCAUGACGUCCCAGCCCUGGGGACACACCAGGCCCGGGAAGGACGCUGCUGUAGGUUUUGAGUCACAGGAUCCCCCCGUCGAGGGUGACCUCGCUGACCUUAUGGGGGCCCUGGUAGCUCCUUGCUCACCCCGGGUUUAUGUAACAUGGUGUUUCCCAACUGUCCUCAGAGCCACCCUGUGACAUAAGCAGACGUGCACUGCUGUCUGCUGCAGCGGCCGGCGCUGGCCAGCAUCAUCCACUGCAUUACGCUGACCAUCCUGGAAGGUGGUGUUUGCCACUGUGUUAUUAAAAAUUGAGAUACAGUUCACAAACCAUCAAAUGCAUUAAAGUGGAACGUUCAGUAGUUUUUAAUUUAAUUUAAUUUUAAAAAUUAAUUAAUUUUAAUGGAGGCACUGAGGAUUGAUCCCAGGACCUCAUACAUUCUAAGCAUGUGCCCUACCACGCGUAGCAUGUUUUUUAGUGUACUCACAAGACUGUGCAGCCAUCUAAUUCAAAAACAGUUUCAUCUCCCCCAAGCUCUAUACCUGUAAGUUCUCCCCACUCAUCCGCAGAUCCCCCACCCCCUGGCAACCACAAGUCUACUUUUUGUCUCUAUGGAUUUACCUAUUCUGGACAUUUCAUACACACAGAAUCCCACGUGGCCUUUUGUGAUUGGCUUCGUUCACGCAGCGUAAUGAUUUGGGGUUCAUCCAUGUUGCAGCGUGUAUCAGGACCGCAUUCCUUUUUAUGGCUGAGUAAUAAUCUACUGUAUGGAUAGACCACAUGUUUUAACCCAUUACCUGUUGAUGGACAUUUGGGCUGCGUCUACGCUUUGGCUGUUGUGAAUAAAUGCUGCUGUGAACAUUUGCAUGCAAGCUUUUGCGUGAGUAUGUUUUCAGUUCUCUUGGACCUAUACCUGGGAAUGGAAUCGCUGGUUGUGUGGCCUUUCUAUAUUCACCAUUUAAGGAACAGACAUACUUUUUUCCAAAGCGGCGGCACCAUUUUACAUUCCCACCAGCAGUGUAUAAGGCCUCCAACUUCUCCACGUGCUCUCCAACACUUGUUAUUGUCGGUCUUUGAUUAUAGCCACCCUGGUGGGUAUAAAGUGGGAUCUCAUAGUUUUAGUUUUUAUUUUUGUUUUUAAGUGGCACUACUGGGUAUUGAACCCAGGACCUCGUGCAUGCUAAGCACACGCUUUACCACUGAGCUCUACCCCCCAACCCUGUCUCCUAGUUGGCUAAUGAGAUGGAUCAUCUUUUCAUAUACUUAUUGGCCCUUUGUGUCUGGUUUGGAGAACUGUAUAUUCACAUCAAUUGCCCAUUUGAAAGUGGAUUGUUGGUCUCUUAAUUGUUAAGUCGUGGCUCUGUGGUCUACAGAGGGGAAACUGAGGCUCAGAAAGGGGGUGUGACUGGCUGGGCCAAGAACACUGGGCCCUCAGGCAGACUGAGACCAGAAUCUGGUCUCCCGUCUCACUCUGCAGGUCUCUCCACCUGGUCCAGUGGCCUCCAGCCUCUGGUGCUGACCUGCCCCUUGGGCCGCACCAAAUCCUGCCCUUGAGUUGAAAGGGGGAAGGCUCCCCAGCCAGAGGGUGGGCCGGAAAGGCGAGGAAGCAGUAGUUCUGAGGAACCAAGCUGGCCCUCUCUUCCCCUCUGGAUCACGCGGACCUGGCUGACGUGGCCCAGCGAGAAGGGACAGCCUGGGCGCUGUGGUCGGGAGCCUAUUUAUACCGGCUGGGCCGUGUUGCAAGCUCUUCCUGCUGGCGAGAGGGACGUCACUGGGCGCUGACCUCACCAGAAACGCUGACGCAUCUUCCCUCACGCUUUGCUCGGAUGGGCUGUCGGGCCUCCUCACCUGUUGGGCCACUCCAUGUCCUCCUGCGCAUCACCCAGCUCCGGAUUGUCCCCUAGUGACCCCACUCCCUGCAGCCCUUGACCAUGCCCUCCCUCCUCUUGCAAGCGGUUAUGGGCUGAAUUGUGUCCCUUGAAUUCAUAUGUUGAAGUCACCACCCCCUGCCCCUCAGAAUGUGACUGUAUUUGGAGAUAGAGCCUUGAAAGGGGUGAUUAAGGUAAAAUGAGGCCAUUGGGUGGGCCCCGGUCCAAUAUGACUGGUGUCCUUAUAAGAAGAGGAGAUUAGGACACAGAUGCACACAGAGGAAUGACCGUGCGAGGAGACAGCGAGAAGGUGGCCGUCUAUCAGCCAAGGAGAGAGGCCUCAGGAUGAAACCAACCCUGCCAACACCUUGUUGUCAACUUCUGCUCCAGAACAGUGAGAAAACACCUGUCAUUUAAGCCCCCAGGUCUGGUCCUCGGACUCCUGUUCCUGAGCACGGCAGCCACUGGCAAGUGCUCGGGCAAGUACCAUGAGCUCCUCCAGCAGCUCCAGAGUCAGGCGGACCUCAUGCAGGACACCAGCACACUCCUGGACCCCUACAUCCACUUCCAAGGCCUGGAUCAGGCUGGACUGAAGGAGCACUGCAAGGAGAGCCCUGGAGCCUUUCCCAGCGAAGAUACCCUGCGGGGGCUCAGCCAGCGGGGCUUCUUGCGGACCCUCAACGCCACGCUGGGCCACGUCCUGCACAGACUGACUGCUUUACAGCAGGAUCUCACCAUAGCCCAGGACCAGGGGCGGAACAUUCGCGGCUUCAGGAGUAACAUCCAUUGCAUGUCCCAGCUGCUUCGAGGCUCCUCGGAGGUGGAGACAGCUGAGCCCACUCAGCCGGGCCCGGAGGCCACACUGCCGCCCACCCCCUCCUCAGACACCUUUCAGCACAAACUGCAGGGCUGCAGGUUCCUGCGCGGCUACCACCGCUUCAUGCACUCGGCGGGGCAGGUCUUCAAGGAGUGGGCGGAUAGCCGGAGCCGGAGUCGGAGCCGGAGACACAGGCCCCCCCGGGCUCUACAGAGGGGGGCCCGCAGGAUGCGACCCUUCAGGAGGGAUGAGAGACUCAUGCCCAGGGGCCAGCUGCCCCGGUAGCCUCAGGGGCGCCCCUGCCAGGUGAAAGGUCAGCAGGUACUCUGCUGCAUGGUGCUGCCCGGGGUCUCCCAACCUGCUCCUCUCCGUUCCCCACCUCUCAGAAGUGCACUUUAAGGGGUGGGGGCUGGGUAGCCCCUCUGCCUCCUUUGGGCUGGGUAGACAGGGUCAGGCUGCUGAGCCUUGUCCAGCCCUGAGUUCUCCAGCCCUGGUGGGGUGGCCGGGUCAGGUCCACAUGGGGCCAACUUUCCAUUGAUUCAGGGGUCUGAUGACACAGGCUGACUCAUGGCCAGACUGGCUGCCCCCCCUGCUCUGCUCCCCGGAGGCCGACCGGAUUGUCCCUCUCAUGACUUGUGGGGCUGUUGCCCCCAGACUUCCUCCUUUCCAUAGUGGCUUGGUUCGGAGGGGGAGGUCAGGGCCUGAGCUGGCCUCCUCUGCCUCAUCACUGCUCUCAGGCCAGACACCUGGGUGUCUGGGUGACCUCACUUUAGACAGUUGUGAUGGGAGCAGAGGACACAGAAGGAGCACUGAUCUGGGGGUUCCAAGGAAGGAGGCUCAGACCCCAAUUUGUUGGCCCCUAAAUUGCUGUGUAGCCUCAGUGAGGCCACUUUACCUCUCUGGACCUCAGCUUUCUCUUUGUGAUUCAGGGGGUUGGGACAUGUAAAUCCAUCUCUGUCUGUCAAUUGCUGGGAUUCUGUGACAUAGGUUAGAUAUCAAAUUUUCUCCAUACAUGGGGACAUGUGAUAUAAACGGACACUGGGUACAAACUGAGUUCUUUGCAGGAGACCUCCUAGUGCCUGGAAGUCUGGAUCCUGGGUCCUGGCUGCUCCCCCUGGUGGUGCAUUAUGGUAUUUUCUCAUGCUGAAACCAUUGCCCUCCGGGAGGGAGUCCCAGAAGCUGCUGGGCCAGUUCCUUGGAGGGACAUGACUAAUUUAUAGAUUUUUAUUAGUUUUUAUCUGUUUUUCCUAUUUAUAAGGCUUAUUUAUGAUGUGUAUUUAAUGUUAAUAUUUUGCCAACAUAUAUUUAAAACUUGCCUGGUUUCUAAA